CUCAUAGCCCACGAAUUCAAAAAUUAGUCCCUCUCCGUCUCAGAUUCACUACUCGCUCUCUCUUCUUCGAACGAUAAUGGCGGCCAACUCUCUCCGCUUCAACGAUCUGUUCUCUUCCUUGAUAUCGGACAUCAAGUCUUAUAAUGGGAAAGACCCGCUUCUUCCUUGGCUACGAGGAAUCAAGAAAAUGAAGGAGACUCUGCCUCCUCGUGUUUUGAAAGAGAAGCUGCCUCGAUUUCUGCAGAAGUGCACUAAAAUGUUCGAGUCCGAUCGGCGUUACAGAAACGACAUGCGGUACCUUCGUGUUUGGUUGCAGUUGAUGGAUUACGUGGAUGAUCCGAGAGCCCUGUUGAGAAGCAUGGAAGCAAAUGGUGUUGGGAUAAAACGGUCUUUGUUCUAUCAAGCAUACGCUCUCUAUUAUGAGAAAACCAAGAAAUUUGAGGAGGCUGAGAAGAUGUACCAUUUGGGAGUUCAGAAUCUUGCUGAACCAGUGAAUGAGUUGCAGAAAUCAUAUGAGCAGUUCCUUCAACGUGCGGAAAGACACAAGAAAAAAAUGCUUCAGUGCCAGGAAGGCAGAAUUACCAAGAGGCCUCUGUCUGAAAAAGACAUUCCUUUGCAUUCCAGUAGGAAUGAAGGAAACAGUGAAAACGCAUGCAACAUUGAAGGUAAACCUAUGAAGAUGCUUAGUGAAAACUCACAGAAUGUGCAGUCCAAACAUGAGGUUUCCGAAAACCCUUGCGAAACGGCAAGGGGAAGUGACUUUUCCACGAAGAAGGAACUUGAUGGAUGCAUUUGGUCUAGAUGUACAGAUAAACAGCAGUCUACUUCUGGGAGAGGUUCAAACAACUCCAGGAUGUUUUCUGGCGAGGACACUGUUGUGGUGAAAAAAUUUGUAGAUGAUGCCAUUGUUGGAAAGUCUGAAGCAAAAGAUGCCUGCCAUCAUGGGCUGGUUGAUCCUACCAUAAACUUGAAGGAGGCCAUGAAUGCAAUCAAUAACAUGUUUAAAGAGCCUCUCGAUCCAGCUCCAAUUAAAAGGAGAUCACACAGAAGUCAAUAUAAAGAUAAUCAUAGUUCGAACAAUGGUUUCAAGGUAUUCCAGGAUGAAGACUUGGAUGGUGGAAUAGAAUUUUCGAUGGAAGAAAAGAGUUUCCCUUUGAGGCAGCAGAGCACAGCUCAAUCUCACAAGCCUCAUCAAGAACCGUUGAAGAUAUUUACCGAUGAUGAAGAAAAUGAGCAAGAUGACUUUGAACAGAUUGACCAUCUGAAUCCAAAAGAUGGUUCCGUCUCAUCUGCUUUGCAUUUGAAAGCUUUUGUAUUUCCAAGUCCAAAGGAUCUUUCUGAGAGGUCUGAUGAACUAGAAGCACAGAGUUCACCGCGAAGGAAGCUCAGGGAAGAUACAGUUGUUCGUAGGUUUGUUGGGUGUACUAUUUCAGAUGAUCCCGAAGCUGAAGAUGUUUGUCAUCAUGGGUUGGUAGACCCGACAAUCAACCUGAAGGAGGCUAUGGAUGAUAUAAAUAACAUGUUUGGGAAGCCAAUAGAUUUUGUAAGGGCCAAAAGACCAAAGAAACAGUUCUCAUCACCAAAUAAGAACCAAGGUCCUUGUGGAUUUUCAAUACUUCCCGAUGAUGAUGACUUGGAACAGCAAAGUUGUCAGAUUGCACCAAAAUCAUCCAGCAAUGCAAUUGAGAGUGACUUGCGUGAGCCUACUAUUUUUACAAAGGAGGCCAUGGAUGAGAUUAAUAAGAUGUUUGGAAUGCCAUUGGACUUCUAGGAUUUUGAUUAUGCUUACUUUGGCUGAAGGGACUGGCUCAGCCCCUACCAUUGACCAUGAACCAUAAUGGUCACAGCUCUGGCAGUAUACCAUGCCUUCGACAACCACAUCAAUGUGCGUCUCUGGUGUCUUAAUUGGGGUGGUU